CGCGUGUCGAGUCACUCCAGAUGUCCCUCCCCUCCCGAGCAGCAACUGUGGACUAGUUAUAUCAAUAUGCUACAAACAACAAUACUCGAUCUCUUAUUGCUAACAGUUCCAUAAUGAAGAUCACUUCCUAAGACUUUUUUACCUGCAAUUCAAACCUUGGCCUAAAUCUGCACGCAGCCCCAACUCAACUACUAAUCGCCAGGAAACAUGGAGUGGAAACAGCACAACAAAACAUAUCAGAUCCUCAAGGCAGCCGAGGAGGGAGGUUAUGGCGUACUUGCCGCCAUCGCGUACAACAUCGAAAGUAUUCUGGGUCUCAUAAGGGCGGCUGAGGCCAAGAGGUCCCCCUUGAUCCUCCAAGUAUUCCCGUGGGCGAUCACAUACAGCGAUGGCCUAUUAGUACACGCAGCUGCCCAACGAGCCCGGCAGUCCUCGGUGCCGGUGGCGAUUCACCUCGACCAUGCACAGGAUGAGGCUUUGAUCAGGCAUGCAGCGGCAAACCUGCCCUUCGACUCGAUCAUGGUAGAUAUGAGUCACUAUGAAAUGGAUGAAAAUUUGCGUAAGACGCGUGAGCUGGUGGCGUUCUGCAACCAACACAAGAUUACGACCGAGGCGGAGCCAGGACGCAUUGAGGGCGGCGAAGACGGCAUUGCUGAUACCGCAGACCUAGAGGGAGCUUUGACAACCCCGGAGCAAGUGGAAGAUUUCAUCGCCACUGGGAUUGACUUCCUAGCCCCUGCAUUCGGCAAUGUCCACGGCGAUUAUGGCCCAAAGGGCCCUGUGUUGGAGUAUGACCGGCUUGCCAAGAUCCGGGAGACAAUUGCUGGAAGAGUACGCCUUGUGGUCCACGGGACAAACGAUUGGAGCGAGGAGGUGACCAAAAAGUGCGUGGCUGGUGGGUGCGUGAAGGUCAACGUGAAUAAGCUGGUGUUGCUGGAUUACUUGAACCAUCUGAAGGCAAACGCGCCGUCCAAGAAUAUCACGGUUCUGAUGGAAGAGGGAACCAAGGAAAUACAGGCGCUCACAGAAUGGGCUAUGGAUGUCUGCGGCAGUACUGGGAAGGCAUAAGACAGCUGCUCAAAUCCACACAUGGUUCAUUCCGAGGCCACCCUGUAAAA